AUGGGCCUUCAUGAGUUCCAUGUUGAAGGCGGACGUUGGCUUCAACGAACUCACAAAGACGUUCUUCGCGUGAUUCCGGUGGAUCGCCACCAGGACCCUGGUGGCGUCAACUGCCAGGCCUGGCCCGCCAGAUCCAAAAGCACGGCCCGUACGGUCGUGCCAGUUGUCAAACGCAACGCCGCCCAAAAUGAAAGGGGGCACCUCACCACAGUUAAACAGUUUCGGGUGCAAGAGAAGGUAAUCCUGUGCAUCCAAGGCAAACAUAUUCCCAAAGGGAUUGAGCUCAUUCUCCAUCCUGGACUCCCACCCCUGCUCAUCCAUGGACGAGUCUGCUGGAACAUUCAUAUUGAUGCGGCGUCACGCAAUGAACCCCCCUCGAUACGACAGGUUGUGAACCUUCUCCACCUCGUCGACACGCCGCACAGUAUCAACCGCACUUUCCAAAGAGGUAUAGAGAAUGUCCACAUUGGAGUACACGAUGGCCUCCGCAAAGGAAUAGCUAUCAAUCACCAGCCGGAGCAACCCACGGUAGGUGGGCUGGCAAUAAUCUUCCUAAAGCUCAAAGUCGUCAAUGAACUCGAUCGAGAUUAA